AUGGAGAAGAUUUAUGCAGACCCUAACAUGGAAAAUGACAACACGGAGCACCUCAGGGGGAGGCGACUCUCCUCGAUUUUAAAGGCUCCCCGAAAUCCUCUUGAUGACUUGUGCAGUGGGAAUGAGUUGACACAGGAUAUCAACAUAGAAAAACGCAGGAAGAACUCUCGCCGUGUCAGCUUUGCCAACACCAUAAACUGCAGAGUCUUCCAGCGAGAUGUUAAGAAUAACACAGCAGAAAGCACAGAGUAUGCAGCAGACACGAGGAAUGAUGUCUUCUAUAGUCAAAAUGAAGAACCUGAAGCUGCUCCCUGCGAGAUCACUGGGAUGAACACGUUGCUUCAUGCCCCUAUCCAGGCAUCAGUGCAGCAGACUGAGGUAGAACAGGAGUAUGAUGCAGAGAAUGCCAUCCAAAGGGCAAACAGGCAUGACACCACCCUCAUCUUUUCAGAGCAAAAUGAGAUGGAUAUGACAGCCAGUCACACGGCGGUGAUCACUCGGGACCUGGAGGCCAGUGCAGCUGAUGGCAUUGAGAAGAUAGACAUCACCUCCUUCCUGGCUGGGUUAAACCCUAACAGUGGAAAGGCAGAGAUGAGCAAAGAGUGCCAGCUUUUCUCUGACCCAACAAACUAUUUGUGCCCAUCCAUUGAACAGAUGGAAGAUAUCACUACUGUAACAAAAAUAGAUUUCAAUGAAUUUUUGAAGAGCUUGAAGUCGGAGGAAGCGGCACACAAGCCUGCCGAGGGACCCGAGGAGAGUGUGUGUGUCCCCUCACAGGUCUCAGAACACUGGGCACGAUCAUCCCCAGAAUUUGUGUAUUCCAGUGAAGCGUGGGACACCUGCAAUGUGACAAAAGUCUUUGGAGGGCAGGACGAUGGGAUGGAGAUGACAACGUGCCAGGCAGCUGCUGCUGGAGCCGUGGUGUCGGGUACGAGCGGGGCUCCGGCGCAGCGCUGCCCGGCUGCAGAUGUCACCCAGGCCUUCACCCACCAGGGCAUGGACAUGACCACCAGCCACACUGCUAAAGUGUCUCUUCCCCUCCCCGGUGUUGGGAAUCAAAGCCUAAACUUCAGAAAGGAUUUCCCAUCCACAGAGUUAGAUAAUCCUGUUUUAAAAACAGCCUCUAAUCAGCACUUAAUCGUCCAGCAUGACCCUCAACCCUGUACAGGCAGAAAACCAGUAAAUAUUGAAGACAGACAAGAUCUUGCAGUGCUGCAAACUGCCAAACAAGAGGCCAGAACAGUAUCUGCCAUCCCAGGAUCCAUUUCUUCUGAGACUGUCUUCCGAGGUGAUAAAACUGUGUUUUUUUCUAAAUGUGAUGACAUGGAAAUGACUGGCAAUUAUACAGAUGUAAUCUAUCAGGACAGGACCAAAGACAUGAACAGCUCACCUCAUAAAACGUGUGAAAAGCCAAUUAAUACAAACUCCUUGCCAGCAGCAGGCAGGCAGCCAGCACACAGUGACAGGGACAUUGCAAAGAGUCUGGUGUCCUCAGAGGGUCGAGCUCCCCUGGCACAUGCACCUCAUGCACUUGGGCUGUCUUCAGGCUCAGAUGGACCAAUCCAGAAGGUGACCCAAGGUCACGGGGCUGCUUCAGGGGGUGUUGGGUUUGAUUCAUGCACAAGUUCAGUGUCGACUGGUGUUUCUAAGAGCAGACUUCAGCCCAGGCUGGCAAGCUCCCAGCUUGUUUCUCUCUCUGGUGAGAAGACAAUGAUAUUCUCAGGAGAAGACAUGGACUUGACUAAAACCUGCCUGGACAAGGGCGAUGGAAAGAAUGUUGAAAAUGAAUCUGCUGCUGGAGUGUUCACCUCUGUCACCUGCAAACCUCAUUUUCUCAAUAACAGAGCUACAUCUGCUGAUUUAAAUGAGCAGGAAGAAAUGGAAAUAACAAAAUGCCAUGCUGUUGUCAUUGACGGCCACAGCAAUGGGGUAACUGCAGAAGGAAAACAAAUGCAUUGUAAAACAAUUCCAAGAAGGAACCAGAACAGAAAUGUCAGUGAAGGUGCAGAUUCUUUAGAUAUGGACAAGGAAAACCGUGAGGCAAUUGGUACUGGUGGGAAUAUUAAAAGAAGCCAGACUAUGGAAACAAACACUAAAGAUUUUGACGUGAUAAUGGUUGAUCAGAAGCUUGGAAAAAACACCUUUCAGGGAAAUGGUCCAAGUUCCUGUGCAAAGAGUGUGUGUUUGUUACAGGAGCAAAGGAGAGAAGCCCCCGAGAACAUUGGCUCCAGUGCCUCUGCAUUCGUGGCCUUGCAGAGUCAACAAGUUGUUAAAUCACAACCUUUGGAAAAAACCCAUCUAAGUGCUUCAGUUUCCUGCACCAGGGACAGCAGGGGCUUGUUUUCAGAGGGGCAGAACGUGGGCAGAACUGAAACUCGUCCUGCUGCCCUUGCUGCUGCUAAUCCAGCUGGUGUGAUAGCCCAGCAGCUGCAAACCCAGCCCCCCCAGUGCUCCAGUGGGGAUGUCACCAGCCAGAGUGCAGCCACAGGAUGUGGGGAUGCCAAAGGGAACACAAAGAAGCAAACUGCUACUCCUCUGGCUCCUGGAGGUUUAUGGAUCUCCAGUAAUGAGCCCGCUCCCUCUGGAGUGAGAGGAAAGGCACAGCUUGGAGCAAUGCUAGGAAUAAAUGUAGCUUGCCAUAACACAGACAGGCAGGAGAAGACCCACACUCUGAAGGUAGGAAACAAAGUGUUGCCAACUCGAGCAGAUUCUGAGAGAGAUUUUUCAGUUGGUAGAAGAGGAGAGGAUGUAAGAAACCCCCUCUCAGUUGAUGUCCCUUCCUGGCAGGGUGCUGGAGAGCCAUCACUAGCCAAUCCACCUGACCCACAUCAGGAAUAUUCCCAAUUGCCUUCAGUUUUGGGAAAGUCAGUUGUGUUUCCCUCUGGUGAAAAUAUGGACUUGACUGGAAACUCAGCAGUGAUGGUUCCUGAUUACAACACCAGUGUUCUUCCAGAGAGAGCAGCAGUACCUGGAGACCUUGCUCAAGAUGAAAAUAAAAUAAUGUCCUUAAAAAAAGGUGCUGUGGUGACAGUGAAUAGGCAGGAGCAGCCUGUGUGUGACCUGUACUCCUUGGGAUCUGGCAAGAAAAUGUCAGCUGUGAGUGGUCCAAAACAUUUGCCUUUUGCAGGUGAGAAAACGACCAUAUUUUCUGAAGAUGCUGAUAUGGACAUCACCAGGAGUCACACAGUUUCAGCAGACAAAAUAGUUCUGCAGCAUAAAAAUCCAAAUGAUGACGCAGCCUUAACAUCUGGAGAUAAAACUUGUGUUUUUACCUACAGUGAUGACAUGGAAAUCAGCAGACUCGAUACCACUGCAGUUGAUAAAUGUCUGGAAAGGGCUGUGGCUCAAGGGAUGCUUCACGUGGAUAAAAGGACUGGGAGGAGAAGCUUGAAGGGAGCAGCAGGAGAGAAGACUGUUGUGUUUUCACUGAGCAAUGAGAACAACGACAUGGAGAUCACCCAGAGCCACACGGCUGCCAUAGGGCAGGAAAUGCCCUCACAAAAGGGGGGAGGGGGAGGGCUUCCUGCUGGCUCCUCAGCCCCCCCUGUUAGAGCCUCGGAGGUCAGCCAGGCUGGCACUGCUGGGAGAGGCACCCUGGCAGUGGUGCAGGGUGUGAGAGCAGCCUCGGGGCAGGGGGGUGGGCACCGGGCACCUUCGAGCAGCGACGCCGCUCAGCGUGCUGUGGCUGACCUGGAGAUCCCCAAAACCCCCAAGGCAGCCUGGGAGGGGGGUGCCCUGGCAGGCCCCGUGCAGCCCCUGCCUCCAGUCUCCACGCUGCUGUUCAGGAGUCACCAGGCCCACAUGGGAAUGACCCAGGCUCACUCUGCAGAGGAAAGUACUGGAGGAGCCUUCGGGGAGGACGGGUCCCAGCUGGUGAAGCAGGCUGGACAGGAGGCUGGCUCAGGUAGCAGAACCAUCAUCUUUCCUUCAGCUGAGGAUAUGGAGAUCACCAAGACUCAUACAGCUGUACUGAGGGGGCAAGCUGGUGUACAGGACAGAGAGUCCAUUCCAGCCAUUUCUGCAGCUCCUGCUGAUAAAACCAUCGUGUUUACCCACCACCAAGACGACAUGGAAAUAACUGCAUCCCACACUGUUGCUGUUAAUAACAAUGUUAAUGGGUUUCAGGACCAAGAAGUGUCACCUGUAAGCACUCAGCGACCAGACUUGUGCAGUGCGUUGUCUUCUUGCAGAGAUGAAGCAAAUUCCUUGCAUACAGAAGACCUGAAUGAUGAAUGUCACACAAACUCCAAGGACAAGCCCAGCAUUCCCUCUUCUGCCUCAUCAGCCUCAGCAUUGCCUGGUGAGAAAGGAGCUUUCAAAGCCCCCAGUGGCACAGCACCAGAUUCCAUUUACUCUGUGUCCCUUCCAGAAGAGACUGUGGCUGUGCAGACACCCCAGGGCCUUGACCCUCCCAGGGAUCAUUCUGCCCCUGUAAGCAGUGAGCAGGAUCUCAUACCACCAGAAAACCUGAAAUCCAAGAGAGUCUCUUUCAAGCUUCCAGGUAAUGGGCCUAUGGAUCACAGUGAGGACAGUGGUGAUUUGGAGUCACCUGUUUCACUUCCCAUCCAGCAACCAGAGUCCUUGAGAGGUUCCCCAGAUGUGUGUACUGCUCAGAGAAACCCAGUGCUGAGAGGUGAUUCAUCUCAACGUGAAGGUUUGGCUACAGAUUCAGGCUUGGCUGGAGCAAGCCUUGUCCCAGCUUCUAACAGGGAAUCAAAGGAAGCUGAGGGACCAUCAGCUGAAGGGGAGACACCUCCAAAAGACACUCAGAUAAACUCUGAGCAAACUGAGCAACACAGUGACAGUCCAAGAGAUCAAAUAGGUCCCACUCUUGCACCUGAAUUAUCAAGUAUUUUAAAUGUUUGUUCAAAACUGAAAAAUAUUAGAAGAAGAUCUGCAGGUUUCUCCAUUCCUGACCAGUUGCCCAAAUCAUCAGUUCAGCCAGGGGAUACCCUGUGGUUAGAAAAAACCACUGUGAAUGAACCAGGUCAUUUAUUUUGCACCAAUGAGCAGAACACACGUCCUGAAUCUGGAGCUGCUCUCAUGGAUGCAGACGUAGGCAUGGCACCCAAGGAUAAAUAUCAGGGAGUGAAGGUCCCUCUAGGGAUCUUCCAGCCUAAACUACCCAACAGAAGAAAUCCUUCUGUCUCUAGUGCACAGGACAUAAAUGCCAAAUCUUCAGAGAAAGGAGAAGCACUGGUUUCAGAAGUAAGUGUAAACACAGAUGAAGCCCCAGGUACCAACAAGCCUAGUAGGCAGAACUUCAGCCCUUCUCAGUUUAUAGCAGAGGAAUUUCUUCCUGUCUGCCUGGAAGAAAUGGAUUCAAAUGAAUCUGUAAGCUCUGAGCUCAUGGAAAAUGCUGCCAGUGAGAUAAGCAAAAAACAAACCUCCUGCAAUGAAAACCAGUUUGAGGAGACACAAACCUGCAACACAAAAAGAGCUUUGGAACGAGAUGAGGAAGACCUUCAAAGUCCAAAGAAGGUGAAGAGGGAUGAAAAGUUGGAUGGUGAGGCCUCCCAAAACUUGCAGGUUACUCUUGGGGCUGUGUCCCAAAGCCAGGUAGAAGCUCCUGAAGGUGGAGAACCUCCAAACCAGCUGGCUAAGAGCCCUGACUGCACUCACGCCAGCACCAGCAGCUCUCUGGAUUCUGUUAAGGCUGACACAGAGAUAACAAUUCAGCGAAGCAGUCAGAUGGAGUCCCAGCUUCUCACAGACAGCAUUUGUGAGGAUAACUUACAGGAGAAAUUUCAGAAUGGUGUUAUCACAGUUGGGGAGUUUUUUACACUUCUCCAAGUCCACAUCCCAAUUCAGAAGCCUCGGCACAGCCACGUCCCAGGCAGUUGUGCAGUCAGUGCCUCACCAACCCCAGAGGAUCUCCUCUACAGCCAGUACGUUCAGCGCCCCAAGCUGCGUGUCUAUGAAGAGGAUUGCCAGGCCCUGGCUCAGAAGAUAGAGGAGUUAAAAGUGUAUGUAAACAUCCAGGAUCAGCUCCUGGUGAACGUCAACAGGAGUCUGUGGGAAGUAAUGAGGACCUGCUCUGAUGAAGAGCUGAAGAACUUCGGAGCAGAACUGAACAAAAUGAAAUCCUAUUUCACCAAGGAGAGUAAAAUCUUGGGUCACAAUGAGAAAGAGGCAUUGUACAGCAAACUGCUGCAGAGUGCACAGGAACAAGAGGAAAAGCUGCAGUCAAGAAUAGAAAAGGUGGAUGAAUUGAUCAAGGAGGCAGAGAGCUGUCUUGUUACCCUGGAAGCAGGUUCUAACUGGGAAGACUGGGGAGCAGACUGCAGUGAGGAAAUGGCAGAAGGGAAGACCCUGGAGGAAGAACUGGAAAACCUCAAAACCGAAGAAGAGGAACUUAAAAGAGAACUGUUGGAUCUGGAGGCUGACAAUAAGCAAAUGCUUGCUCAGAUGAACCAGCUAGAGGAAGAAGAAAAAAGCUUCCAAGAACUCCUGGAGAGAUGCGACUUUACUGAGUGGGAGAUGACUGAGUGGAGUGAACAGCAGGCAACCUUUAAUUUUCUUUAUGAUUCUGUUGAGCUCACAGUUGUGUUUGGACCCCCAAUAGAUGGUGAUGAUUUCGGUGAAGAUCCUUCCCGAAAGAUAGUUAGCCUGAACUUUGAGUCAUUCUUGGAUGAGGAAAAAGCUCCACCCUCCUCGUGUUUAGUCCAAAGACUCAUAUUCCAGUUUAUUGAAAGCCAGGGAUGCUGGCAGGAGAAGUGUCCCAUGCUGUACUACUUGCCCCAGGUAAUGUCCCAGGAAAGCCU